CAAAUAUAAAGGGGACCGCAUCGUGUCGGGUGGUUGAAAUUCUGAAAAGGACCCUGGGCUGCUCCUGUUCUUUUUUCUCUCUCCUUCGUCCGAUCCUCCCUUCCCACAAACCACUCCUCGACCCUUCCAAUCAUCACCACCACCCAUCUCCUCCUCCCACAAGUCACGAUGCCUCUCCCCACUGGCGUCUACCGUGCCGACCAUGUCGGCUCGUUCCUGCGGCCCGCCGAGGUUCUCGAGGCCCGCGACCAGCAGGCUGCCGGCACCAUCACCGCCGCCCAGCUGCGCGAGGUCGAGGACAAGCACAUUGCCCAGGCCGUCCAGGAGCAGAUUGCCGCCGGCCUGCGGUCCAUUACGGACGGCGAGUUCCGGCGCGAGUGGUUCCACGUCGACUUCCUGCGGCACCUGGGCGGCAUCGAGCUCCGGGGCGCCAUGACCUCGACCAACGUGAGCGUCGGCGGCACCAUGCCCCCGCGGCUCGUCGUCGUCGACAAGAUCAGCCACGACAAGCCCAUCCAGGUCGACGACUUCCGCUUCCUCGAGUCCCAGAUCGCCGCCAACCCGGCCUCUGCCGACAAGAAGAUCACGACAAAGGUCUGCAUCCCGUCGCCGACCAUGAUCCACUUCCGCAACUCGCGCGAGACCAUCAGCGCCGACGCCUACCCGACCCUGGAGCCCGCCUUCUUCAACGACGUGGCCCGCGUCUACCAGGAGGAGAUUGCGGACCUCUACGCCGCCGGGUGCCGCUUCGUCCAGCUCGACGACACCAACCUCGCAUACCUCUGCGACCCCAAGAUGCGCGCCGAGGCCGAGCAGCGCCACAACGGCGACGCCGACUCCCUCACCCGCCAGUACGCCAGCCUCAUCAACGCCGCCCUCAGCAAGAAGCCCGCCGACAUGACCAUCGGCAUCCACCUCUGCCGCGGCAACCACCGCUCCCAGUGGUUCGCCCAGGGCGGCUACGAGCCCGUCGCCGAGGUCCUCUUCAAGGAGCUCAACGUCGACGCCUACUUCCUCGAGUUUGACGACGCCCGCUCCGGCGACUUCUCCCCGCUGCGCCACCUCCCCGACAACAAGAUUGUCGUCCUCGGCGUCAUGGGCAGCAAGAAGCCAGAGCUCGACGACAAGGCCGAGAUCAUCCGCCGCCUCAAGGAGGCCGCCGAGUUCUGCCCCCGCGGCCUCGAGCAGCUCUGCCUCUCCCACCAGUGCGGCUUCAGCUCCACAAAGGAGGGCAACAACCUGUCCCGGGAGGAGCAGUGGGCCAAGAUCAGGCUCGAGGUCGAGAUCGCCAAGGAGAUGUGGGAGGAUGCGUAAACCGCCUCCCUCCCAUCGUGAUUGGAAGGCGUGCGGUUGGGUGUUGGGGCGUUCUAGGUCUGGGUUCAACGCGGAGAGGUGUUGGGCCAAGAACAAUCAAUGUGUAUAUAUAAAUAUCAUUUCUCUAGAUAAGGGGAAAACCGGGAAAGGGGCAAAAGGAGCAGCAUCAGCAGCAGGAGCGGCAGAAGAUACCACUUAACACAGUAUGACUGAAUGAGAGAACGAAGCGAGGCCGGGCACUCAACUUAGCCUGGCGAUGAAAAGUUAUCGCACAACCCCAGACGAGGCUUUACACGAAGCUGAUGUCUCCUGUCAAUAUCCUCAAAUGCAUGCCCAAAGUGCAAUAUUGAGUGUGAAGCGACACCAUGUGAGCAAU